AUGGCUUCCAACGAGUCUCCCGCUGCUCCUCAUGAGCCCCCUUACACAUACCGCCCCAACCAGGGCUACGAACAGACCGAAGACAUCCCCGCCGAGCUGAGAACCGUGCCCCACGAUGCCGCAGGCCAGGAAGAAGAAGACGACGACUUGGAGGACGUCUUUGGCGAGGACGAGGAGAUUGACGAUGAGGACUGGACCGCCGAUUCUGGCGAUCUGACCAAGUCCUACAACCGGCAGCGCAUGUUCAACAGCAACGACAAUGCCGUCCCACGUUCCAACGUCCAGAGACCGACCGCGAACACCAAGUCAAGCGUCGACGACCAAAUCACAGCACUCUCCAAGCAUGCUGCCAAGAUCAGGCUGGAUAGCGUCAAGGACACCGACGAGAAGAGCAAGGACAAGGCGGACCGCGCAACGAGCGAGCAAGUUCUGGAUCAGCGCACGCGCAUGAUCCUGCUGCAGAUGAUCAACCGUGGCAUCGUCAGUGAGAUUCAUGGUGCCAUCAGUACCGGAAAGGAGGCCAACGUCUACCACGCCAUUUUGCACCCCGAGGGCGACAGUCCCAAUGUGCAGCGGGCCAUCAAGGUGUACAAGACAUCGAUUCUCGUCUUCAAGGAUCGCGAGAGAUACAUAGCAGGCGAGCACCGUUUCCAGAAGGGGUUCGACAAGAGUAGCAACAGGAAGAUGGUCAAGCUGUGGGCCGAGAAGGAGUUCCGUAACUUGAGGAGAAUACACGCCGCGGGCAUCCCGUGUCCGGAACCCAUCAGCCUGAAGCUGCACGUUCUGGCCAUGGGUUUCCUCGGUGACAAGAAGGGAUGGGCGUAUCCCCGUCUGAGAGACGCAAACCUGACCGGGGACGAUGUCGAUGAGCAGUUGAGGGCACUGUACGUCCAGCUUCUGGGUCUCAUGCGCCGGAUAUACCAGAUUUGCAGGCUCGUUCACGCCGAUUUGAGCGAGUACAACAUUUUGUACAAUGCUGGAAAGCUGUACAUCAUUGAUGUAUCCCAGAGUGUUGAGCCCGACCACCCGCGGGCGUUGGAGUUCCUGCGCAUGGAUAUCAAGAACGUUGGCGACUUCUUCAGGAGAAAGGGAGUCGACACGCUCAGCGACCGCAGCAUCUUUGACUUCAUCUCUGCGGCGGACGGUCCUGUCGAGGAGCCCGCCCUGGGUGAGGCUAUCGAGCAGCUGUACACCAGCAGGCCCGCCGACGACGAGGAGGCUGCUGCGGAGCAAGAGGUUGACAACGAGGUUUUCCGGAAACAGUACAUUCCCCAGACACUCGAGCAGGUCUACGACAUUGAGAAGGAUGCCGCCAAGAUUGGGCAGGGUGAUGGUGACAAGCUUGUCUACAAGAACCUGUUGGCCGACGCUGUCGUCAAGGACGAAGAGAAGGAGGAGGAAGAGGAGGAAGAGACGUCAGAGGACGAAUCAGGCAGCGGAGCUUCUCUGGCCAGCGGCGAAGAGGACGACUCCAAGUUUGACAAGGGUCGGCCUAGGGGGCGUAAGCAUGAGGACAAGGACGAGAAGAAGCAACACAAGCAGGCGGUCAAGGAGGCCAAACGCGAGAAGCGCAAGGAGAAGAUCCCCAAGAGCGUCAAGAAGAAGCUCGUCUCGGCGUCGUCAAGAAAGAAGCACUAA